GAUGCGUGGUUGCUACGGGCGACUGACAACAGACGGCAACAGAGAAACAGCUAAAAGCUGGAGUUGACACUAUCGUAGUGGAAAUAAGUAUUACCUUAACUGUCUUAAUCAGAAUAAGAUGUCUAGCACUAACACAACUCUGCCUGACACAGGCUGGGAUGAGCACUUUGCUCUCCCCGAGCCCAACGCUGAAAACAAGGCUCUGCUGGAGGAGAUUCACAGAAAAGAGAUGGAGCUGCUGGAGCUGGAGCACAUGCUUGAGAGAAAUAAAGAUCACAAGAAGAUAAUGACUGUACUUAAAAAUGCCAAACAAGAGCUGGAAAACACUGAGGCUCUGUGCAAGGCAAAGGAAAGAGAGGAAGAGUUCGAGAAACACUUGACAGCUCUCUCAGACAGAGAGACAGGUCGCCAGGCUCAGGAGGCUGCUAAGAUGGAGAAAGAGCUCAAGUCUUUAGCAGAGAGGAAAGACAUGAUAGAGAACCACAUCUUCAAGGGCAAACAGAAGCUGGAUGAGUUUAUGGAGCAGAUGAACUGGGACAAGCAGACCAUGGAUGCCUUUUUAGAGGAGUCGGCGCAUAAAGAUGAGGACACAAUGGCCAUCAUCAAGUAUGCUCAGCAGGACGAGCAGAGGAUCAAGUCACUCACUCUGGCUAUAGAGAAGAAGACACUGGAAGCCAGAGAAAAGCAAAAAGCACUGGUCAAACAGUCGACUGAGACUUUAUCUGCGCAGAUCGCUUUGGAUAAGACUACAGAGAAUCUGCAGCAGGCACAUCUGGAGACCCAGCAACUCAUCCACCAGUGGGAAAACACUAUCAAGCAGAUGAUGCAACGGGAUGAAGACAUGCAGCAGUGCGCUCUGCAAGUUGCUCAGUUGAAUCAGACCAUUAGGGAAAGGAAUGCCACUGUAACAGAGAGGAAGAACUUGCUGGAUACUCAGAGGAGCAACAACAAGGAGACUGAGAGGAAGAUAACCCUCACCAACCGACAGGGAGCAAAACUGAGACAGGAUCUGAAGGAGCAGGAGAGUAACUGCAGCAGGCUGCAAGAUGAGCUGAAUACCCUCAAAAACACACUGGACAGAACAACCUCUGACGUGGAGUCCCUGACAUCCCAGAUAUCCAGAAUGAAGAAAGACAUCCAGGAUAAAAAUGACAAACUCAGGCAGGCAAGGGCAUACAACGCUGCACUGGACGAGAAGCUGAAGGUGGUGACUCAGACAGCUCUUAGUGAGGAGGAGAGAGCUGCACAGAUGGAUCAGUUUCUUAAGGAUGAGGAACAGGCCAUCAAGGACUUGGAUGUCCAGCUGCGUGACUGCAGGGAGGAGCUGUUGCAUCAUAAGGAGCGUUUGCAGGCCAUCAAGACAAAGGAGAAGGAUUUUAUCUCGCAGGUUUCAAAGAGUAAAUCCACCAUUAACAGCCUGGAGAGUCAGCUCAGAAAAAUGGAACAGGACCUGAUUAGACACCAGAUGACCAUAAGUGACCAGAGUUGCAAGAUGAUCUUCCUAAAAACAAAACUGGCAAAGCUGAAAGGUGACGUUAACCAAGAAGAAAAGAAAAUACUCAACAGGAAGCUCGCUGAGCUGACCGAAGAACUCGAGGAGAAAAAGAAGAAAGCCAAAAUGCUUACCGACACUCUCAAGGAGGCUGAGGAUGAUAUUCGCAGUUUGAGGAAAGAGAUUGAGAAGUCUGAAGCUCAGAAGAGAGACCUGACCAGUAAGGUGGAGGAGCUCCUGCUAGUCCGUAACACCAGUGAGAAGGAGCUGAAGACUCUCAGACUGAGGAAACAGGAAAACAAAGUGGAGCACCAAAUUUUAAAGAUAGAAGUCAAACGUGUGAGGGAUCUUCUGUACAGCAAGGCUGACAACGUGCUGUCGCUGGAGAAAAGACUGCUGCAGCUACAAACAACCAUGAAGGAGAGGGAAGACGAGAUUAAGGUCUACAAAGAAAUGCUCAGCCAGCAGCUCAAGAUCAGUGAGCAGGAGAGGCAGAAACUCAGUGCUGAACUUGGUGAGAAACUGUCCAAGAUUGACAUGAUGAAGAAAUGUUUUGAGAUUGUGAGCCUUUCCCUGGCACCUCCUGAGGGAGAAGAGGAGAAAUCGCAGGCUUACUACAUCACAAAGGCUGCACAAGAGAAAGAGGAGCUUAGGAGGAAAGGCGAUGAGCUGGAUGCUACAAUCCACAAAGUGGAGCUGGAAAACAAAGCUCUGGAGAACACCAUCCAGCUGUUCAACAACAGUAACUCUGCAUUUCGCCAAUCUCUGAACAAAGUGAAUGAAUCCAGUCCAAUGUACCAGGAAAAAGUGAAACUGGAAGGGCAGCUGAAUGUGGGUGAAGAGACGCUGAACUAUAAGAAAAGGCAGAUCCAAGAGCUUCAGCAGGAUAUACAGGACCUGAACAAUGUGUUGGAAAGUCUGCCACAAGAAGAGCGGGUGGAGAGAGAUAAGAUAGAGAACAAACACGCCCUCGUCAGCAAAAUGAACGAAGAAGUUACUUCCCAGCAGGAGAAAAUUGACAGAGCCUCAAAGCAGUUCUCUAAGCUGACCAAAGAAGUCCGCUCAGCAAAGGGCACCAAAGGCGAGACUUUCGAAGAGAAAGACAUUAAGCUGAGGGAGUUGAAGGAAUUCAUCAAGAAUGUGGACAGGAUGCUGAAUGAGGCCUGGGAGGGCAAUCCUGACCUCAGAUCAGUGAUGGAGAACUAUUUCCUGCAGGCCAGUCUGUCUCUUCCCUCUCCUUCUCCCACUCCUGCCAGCCAGCAGAGCUCCAAGACAAGUUCCCCCCGCUGCUCCACCUCUCUCAGGUCUCUGGCAUCCUCAGCCAGCGCCAGCCCCCGGACCGCUGCGCCUUACUCCCCCACACUGAAGACGGUGGAACUGAGCCUGGAUCUGACUGCGACCUCCCCUCCUCUCACCACCUCCAGAUGUUCCAGCUCUGCGAGCAGCUCAAGCAGCAGAAAGUCAAAGAAGCUUUAGUGUUUUUCUCCUCUGAUUGUUCAGAACUACUCAGUUUUGUAGUUAAAGCUGCAGAGAAUGACCAGUGCAUUGAUGUGUUUAUGUUUUCAGGUUGUAGGUUCAGGAUCAUUCGUUUUUUGUCUCUUUUUUGGUGUGUCGCAUUCAUUUCAGAGUAAAUCUCGAAUCUGUUAGAUUUUCAGACUCUGUGAAUCUAGUGUAAUCUGAUUUUUUUUCUUUGGAUUCUCCUUUUCUUUGCUUCUUUUGUCUUACAAGUACAUACAUACGCAAAGAGUUCUCAAUAAAAUGUUAUUGACAA